CUCCUCAAGUCGUGUUCAUGUGGACACAGCUGCAGCCAGCUCGCCAAACAAAUUUGACCUUUUACUAUCAGAAAGCAUGGACAGUAAUCAUGAGUGGACGGAGCUAUCAGCGAUGUAAAAGGUGUUGGAGAACUCACGUUUUUGGCCUCACCUCCUGAAACUGGACAUCGAGAGCUCAGCGAUGGAUUUUCACUGAUAAGUUUUACUUACUGCACAGUGAUCAUAUGAUUGAUUUACUGUAUCAUUCAGCAGCAUGUUUCAUCGUCAUGGGAUGACUGAUUAGUAAAACUAUGGCUGACAGUAUUUUGGCUGAAAUGUCCUGCAUGGAGGAAUUAUCCUAAUCUAAAACUAACAGCAUCUGCAGUUGCCACUUUUUACUGUUUCACAUCAGCACGCCCUCACAGCUAUGGGCUUGUGUUCGCCUGUGUGCAGGAUUUUCCGGAAGGGCAAGUAUUUUGUACUGGUCCUUGUCUGCCUCUCAGUGCUGGCAUGGAUUGCAAAUUUUUCAGGCGAAAUUGUGAAAUCUAUUCAUCUUUCCUUCGACACAACACAAACUCCUGUCAAAGGAGACAACCUGAGGAAUAACCUCAACUCUAGAACAACAACAUCCAAUCGUGUAACUACUCCACCACCAAAAGAAGUAUGCCCUCAGAAGUCACCUUUGCUACAGGGAGCUGUGAAGUUGUCCUUCGAGUCCUCUAUGACACUGAAGGAUGUGGAGAAUGACAACAAAGGAGUGACUGAAGGCAAGUAUGAGCCCACGGACUGCACGGCGAGGCAGAGCGUAGCGAUCCUCAUCCCUCACCGCAACAGAGAGAGACACCUCCUCUACCUCUUGCACCACCUGCAUCCCUUUCUGCAGAGGCAGCAGAUCCACUAUGGCAUUUAUGUCAUCCAGCAGGCUGGUGAUGCAACGUUUAACCGUGCAAAGUUACUGAAUAUCGGGUAUUUGGAGGCACUGAAGGAGUACAGUUGGGAGUGUUUCAUCUUCCAUGACGUGGACCUGGUUCCUGAAAAUGAUUACAAUUUAUAUCUCUGUGACAAGCAGCCCAAACACUUGGUGGUUGGCCGAAAUGCUACAGGAUACAAGCUGCGUUACAAAGGCUACUUUGGAGGAGUCACAGCUAUGACCAAAUCGCAGUUUCGCCAAGUGAACGGAUUCUCAAACACUUACUGGGGUUGGGGUGGGGAAGAUGAUGACCUUCGCAUCAGGGUUCAGCUGCAGAAAAUGAUGAUUGUGCGGCCGCCCGCUGAUGUAGCUCGCUACACCAUGGUGUUUCACAAACGGGACAGUGGCAAUGAAGCAAACAAAGACAGGAUGAGGUUGUUAAAGCGAGCACCGCUGGUGUGGAGAAAGGACGGACUAAACAGCUGCUCAUAUAAGGCUCUGUCGAUAGAGAGGCAGCCUCUUUAUGUGAAUGUUACUGUGGACAUUGGUAAGCCACAGAGUUGAGAUUUUAAACAGGAAGUCCUGCUCUUACCAAAAAAUAUGUGAUAUAUUUUAUACAGUAUGUUAUUGAGUGCAGAAACGCUACUACAUAUGUACAAGAAACCACAUUAAGCACUCAUGAUGCACAUUGUUUUGAUUAGUUUACAUUUUGAAGCAAAAGUCAGCUGGCAACUUUAUCUUAUCAUUGCACAUUUUUACAUAUCAUAUGGCCUUCAUUUCUUUUGAUUUUUACCAGUCAGCGCUGGGCAAGUCACUUUCAAAGUGUAACAUACAUAUUACUUGUUACUUUCAUUUGAGAGUAAUAGGUUGCUUUACAAUAGUUCAAUAUUCUGCAACUGCAGAAGUACGACAGGCUUUACAUUUGGCUAUUUAUCACUGUUAUAUUAUCGUUUGUUAUAGUAACACUAUACUGUGAGAGCUUUGGCGUAACCUGGUUACUCUGGCAACAAUAGCCUUUCCUUUUAAAAGGCUUUGACAGGAAUUUUGCUGACCUUUAUCAGACACGUUUUUCCUAUUUGCAUGCAUCACUUAAAAGAUGACACUCUUUCAAUCUAUACAGCUCUGUCUGCACUGGCUCUGUGCAGACUCUCUCUCUCUCUCUCUCUCUCUCUCACUCUCUCUCACACACACACACACACACACUUGCACUAAGUUUGCAGAAAGCUAAAGCUAUAGCAAGGGCCCACAUUUCCCAUCACACCAUCCAAAAUACAAAUGUUCACUUCCUGUUUUCGUGUUUGUAAUGGGACUGUUCAGAACCCCCAACACUGUCAUCCAGCCAAAAAGUAAACCUGUUUUUUAUUUCAAGUAAUAAUUGACUCUGGCUGUGCUGCCCUUGUUAUAUGUCCUAAUAUAACUUAGCAGUACGCUAAACACCUUCUGUUCAUCAAAACUCUGAAGACAAUGAUGUGUUGGUCCACAGGUUUAUUGAUUUGAGAAGGUGUGAAACUGAGAACAAAUAAAAGAAACAUGCUUAGA